AUGUCGGACGUGGUGGCUGAUCGGAAACGCCAUUGCUGGGAGUGUCGCCGACGCUGUCUCGUGUGCGACUCGGCACAACCCGAUUGCAAGAGGUGUGUCGCAUCUGGUACCAUAUGCCCAGGGUACGGUGAUAUCAAACCCGCAAGAUUAAGAUGGCUCGAUAUCGGACGGGUAAAGUCGCGAAACAAGAGGUCCAAGAGGACCGUAGUCGCUACCGACGAGGAGUCCACCAAAGCUCGACACCAGAACCACGCGAUCAAGCCGUGUGAAGGCCAGGUUACAGGAAUUUCGAGACAUCGAAUGAAAACUGAUCUCUGCGCCUUAAGCGAAGCUGUUGGAUAUUUUAAUGGUUGCAUAUACUAUGAUCUGGUCCCCAUGGAGCAGCUGGGAUCGAAUCCUUUUGUAUACGCCAUAUCGGAAAGGCACAUCAAGGCCGGUACCAUGUUUCCAGACUACCUGCGUCUCACCUUGGUCUGCACGACCCUCUCCCAUCGAAUAAAUCGACUAGGGCUGGAUCCCAAUCAUGGCGCCUUAGCUCAAGCCUUCUACCAGUACAGAGGAGUUAUCAUUCGAUCCCUGAGAGAGGACGCAUCCGAUGGAGGCAGACACAUAAGUGACGUGUUUAUUGCUGGAGUUGUCAUGCUCUUGCUCAUUGAUGUCAGCCAUGAUAUUGCCAGAUUCGUUAUGGCUACGCUAAUUAUUCGCCAGGUUCAACAUGGGGCUUCGUCAAACUGGAGAUGCCAUCUAGAAGCUAUCCAGAGACUUAUCACGCUACGUGGCGGAAUAAAGAUACUAGCCAAAUCGAAGAGAUUGGAUUCUCUCCUUCUUUGUUUCUUAGGGGUUUCGGUGCUGGGGAACACCACAUGCCCUGCGCAUGACAUUGCCAUGACGGACAACCACGUCAAAGAGCUCGAGUACAUGAUUCGGCACUAUCAAGGGGCGACAUUUAGCUUUCAGAUGUGUCCUCCGCCACUGUUCGCGGAGAUUAUAAGGAUGAAUAGUCUUCGAAUGCGCGCGGCAGAGCGGCAAGUCUCAGGAGAGUUUUCGAUAGAAGCGUAUGAAAUACUGGCGCGAAUUGAAGAAUACUCGCCUACGCAGUGGGCAAGUUCUAAACCCGCGGCAAUAAACAACUGGCUGACCUUGGGGGCAAUCUACAAGUUGGCUGCGGCAAUAUACUGCAUAUUGUCACUACAAAGCUCGUCAGUCCUCCCCAGAAACCUGUCAUUGAGGAAUCGCUGUGUCACGCAUACGCAGCAGUUGAAGUCUCUUCUCGAGAGCACAGUAGCCAACCUUAGUCUGAAGCGAUUUCUGUUAUGGCCACUCAUUGUUCUUGGCGUUGAAGCGUCGCGCGGUGAUUUGGCAUUGAAAAUAUUCAUCGAAAAACAAUUGGCAGAACUGAGUUGUCAUCUCGGUUCCUAUGUGCCGCUGGCGGCCAAAAGCGUACUGGAAAGAUUUUGGGCAUUGGGAGAGACAGAUUGGGAUGCAUGUUUCGACAAACCAUAUGCGUUUGCGACGCAGAUUGCUGUGGAUUUGAGCAGGAUAUCUCCAAACGACUAG